CGUCUUUGCCAGUCGCCUCUGUGACGCAAUUCUACUGCGACAGAAGUUUUCCUUCGUAGUACUUGUUUACAUUAGACACCUUCUUUAUGGAGAUGACGGACCAGAAAGCCAAGAAUAUUAGCUCUAUCCCCAUCGAUGGGUUCAGCAAUUUAAGAAUUACAUCCAUAUGGACGUUUCUCAUGUCCGUGCAGUGGUCGGAGCCUUGGCUCAUCGGGUUGUUGGUGUUUCAUGUUGUGUGUUUGUGCCUGACUGUGGUGACCUGUAGGUAUUACAGAGCUCAGAUAUGUCACUUCCUGCUAAUGGUUUGCCUGGUGUAUAGUGCUGAAUAUCUAAAUGAGCUGGCAGCCAUGAACUGGAGGUCUUUUUCCAAUUUCCAGUACUUUGAUUCCAAGGGCAUGUUUAUAUCUUUAGUCUACUCUAUCCCUCUUCUCCUGAACACAGUCUUGAUUGUGAUGGUGUGGGUGUACAGGACUUUUUCCACUAUGACUGAGCUGAAGACACUUCAGCUCAAGCGAAAAGCACGCAGAGAAAAGAGAGAGAAGAAUGACUGAUCCCUCUUAUUAGGUCCAAAAAUGAGAUUUGUUUGCAGGCAUUAAUAAUGAAUGUCUCUGCUGUGCUAAUCCUGAAUUUUGGAGAAGGAAUGCAGCAUCUUGUGACUGUAAAAUGAUUAUGCAUUGUUGGGGUUUUGUUUUGGUAACAGCUGUUGACAGAUGCUGUUGAAUGUGCUGUGCACCAUGAGAUUUAAAAGGACCAAAGGACAAUUGGACAGUUGCUUUUUAUAUUUAUUGUUGUUUUAAGGUGUGUUAAAAACAAAAAUAAAGUGUUUUUGAAUGACUUAAA